ACGUCGGCCAGCCGACGGCCACUCACCUCGGCUGGCUCCUGCGCUUCCACCCUGCAGACAAAAACACGAGCACGAGGCUUGCGCACAACUCGAGCAGAGAGCAAGGAUUCAUUCAAGAGCAGAGAAGGAAGAAAGAAGAGAGAAAGCGGGUCCUGUCCCAUGGCGCUCUUCGCCGUCCUCCGCCCAUCUCCGGUGGCCGCCGCCGCCGCCGCUGCGGCGCCGUCCUUCAGCUGCGUGUCCGGCCGUGCAUUGGACUUUUGGCUUGUAACUGCAGCAUCCGCAGUGCGCGUCACCUCCAGCAGCAAGAGGCGCGUCUCCUCCAGGGCGGCCAGGUCUCUGUCCAUCAGGUGCGAGCAGAGCGCGAAACAAGGCGGCGGCCCGGCCGUGUGGCUGGGCCGCGCCGCCAUGGUCGGUUUCGCCUCGGCCAUCGCCGUCGAGGUCGCCACCGGCAAAGGCGUCCUCCAGAACUUCGGCGUGGCGACGCCGGCGCCGACGCUGGCGCUGGUCGUGUCGGGGCUCGUCGUCGGCCUCGCCGUCUUCUUCAUCCUCCAGUCCGGCGGCUCGCGGGACUGAAACGAAACGCGGAUGGCACGCAUCGAACACCACACGGUUCAGUAUCAUCAGCAUUCAGUACUGCUAGUUCAUCAGCUACCGCCCUGCAAACGCACCCAAUUUGUCCCUCGAGACAUUUUUUUCCCCUGUACCAUGUAAUGUAGUAGCUGACAGUCAUCUACAGAACACGCCUAAGUUUGUAACAGUUCCUGCUAUGCGGAAACUUUACCUCAAAACCAAAAAGAAAAAAGAAGAAAAAAGGAUGGAAAAAUUUCCAGCCUGGUCUAAGUCCACGUCGGCAGCCAUGCAGCACUACAGCAACAACCAAAAACACAAAUUUUUGUUAUAAAUUGUGAGUAUUUGCGACUUA